GGGUCCUCACGGGUGAAAACAAUUUGUAGUCUUUGUAGUCUCUAAGCAAUAAUAGAGGAAUCGCUGUAACUGGAAGUUAAAAUCGUCCGUCAGUGUGAUGGAUAAGGAUACAGCCAGUGAGUUGGAGAGACGUGCAGUUGAAGAACUCCUGAAAGAGGCCAGUCGAGCCAAAGUACGGGCAGAGACCAUGGGGCCAGCGGGGUGGAUGAAGUGCCCUCUGGGAAGCACCAACAAACGGUUCCUGCUGAACACCCUGCGCUCGUCUGCUCUGGAGUGCCGCUCUGCUGGCCAGGCAGCUACAGAAAGGAGAGGAGACACUCGCAGGAGGGACGGGGAUAAACAUCGUCACAGUGAAGACAAAGAGCACAGACAUAGAAAAGACAGAGAACACAGGACAGAACACACCCGCUCUCGUUCUCACUCAGAAAGGCACCACACAUCCUCUAGGAGUGCUGUAGCAUCCAGAGACCACUCUCCCCAUCAAUCAAACAGGACCCGCUCCCGCUCACCUGUCAGAGACCGGUCAGCGCUCAGGAAAUCUAGAGAUCGGACUCCAAAAUAAUGCACCGCUGGAGAGGAAGAGUCCUUAUAAGUCUAGACUGCUGUGUACAGCAAUUAAUCUCUCAGUGAACACCAGAUAUCUUAAACCCUCUUGUCAGAAACUUGAACUAUUUAAUUGUUGUUAUGCUUUUUCUGUUGAUUUUUCUGAGAGGAUGUACUGUUUAAAAUUGCUUGCUAUAUAAGAACGUAUGUACUGAGAAUAGUUUAUUAUCUCAAACAAAUGUCUCAAGUAAUGAAUAAAACCAUAAAUGGAGGUUGAACUUUUUGUGGGCAGCUAAACAUUAUUUUGAAGAUUUGUUGAUUUUAUUUUUAAAUUUAAUCUAUUUUAAUAUACAGCUUAUUUUAAAUGUGUCCUUUUGCUUAAGGGAUGCCAUAGCUUUGGUUUCUUGAGUUUAAGAAUUCUCAGCAGUUAUGUGUCACAUGUUCAGUCAAAAAUGUAUCUGUAUUUGAUGAUACCUGAAUAAGUAAACAUGUUGUGGUAAAUAUGCGUUGUGAAAAAAUGUAUCUCCAAAAAUUAAUGGUGAGAAAACUGACAGAAAAAAGACCUAGCAGAGUUGCCAGUCUGCUAUACCCUUACUGUAUACACUGGAUAUUGUAUACCCUCACAGUAGCAAUAAAUUGUAUCUCACUUUUUA